CUGUCUGAAGGAGAAGCCGCUCACAGCUGAAGCUCCUGCUGAUUCAUUCUGCAGCAACAAGCCUUGGGGGUUUUCCAGAGUUUGGGAGCGUCUGAGGAAUCACUGCUUGAAGUGGAGGAGGAUGAGCGAGGAGGGGGAGGAGAGAUAAACUGUGUGUGUGAGUGUGUGUGUUGAAGCGUGCUUGAUUAAUCAUGCCAGUGAAGCACUAACAGAGAGUGUUUGUUAUAGAACAUGUCAGAUGUGAAUGAACAUGUUCAUCUUCAGCUCAGGCUCCUGAGGAUCUUCGUCUCAGUGAAGGUGUCGUGAUGUUGGCUGUGUUUCUGCUGCUGUUGGCCUCCGUGGCAUCCGUCCCGUCUCCCUCCAGACCCACACCCAAAUACUGCCGCAGGUGCUGCGAUCACCUGGACCCGCCCCUGAGCCCCGCCCCCCAGCCUGCAGCCAAUCACACGCCAGAGAUCCGCACCAUCAUUAACAUGACCAUCCUCAAAGGGGAUAAAGGAGAGCGAGGGGACCGAGGGACGCCUGGUAAAGCCGGAGUGGACGGACCCCCUGGACUCAGAGGAGAGACGGGGCCCAAAGGCAGUAAAGGAGACACCGGGGUCCCCGGAGACCCCUGCAAGGUCCAGCAGUCGUCCUUCUCCGUGGGCCGACGCAAAGCUCUGCACAGCGCUGAUCACUACCAGGCUCUGGUCUUCGACACGAUCUUCGUCAACCUGGGCGAACACUUCAACAUGUUCAAGGGGAAGUUCUACUGCUCCGUCCCGGGAGUCUAUUUCUUCAACGUGAACAUUCACACCUGGAACUUCAAGGAGACGUACCUGCACCUGAUGCACAACGAGCGUCCGCAGGUGAUCCUGUACACGCAGCCCAGCGAGCGCUCCAUCAUGCAGAGCCAGAGCGUCAUGCUGUCGCUGGAGCUCAACGAUGAGGUCUGGGUGCGGCUCUACAAGCGCCAGAGAGACAACGCCAUCUACAGCGACGACGUGGACGUCUACAUCACCUUCAACGGACACCUGGUGGCUCCUCGAGUCUAGGACGAGGAACCUGACGUGCACAGAGUGUGUGGAGGAGCAGACACACUGCACAAAAAACCUGAUCUUAGUAUUUUUUUGUUUCUAGUCAAAAAAAUUUUUAAAUCUUCAAUUAGAUUUUCACUUACCCCACACUCUUAAAAGGUUCUUCACAGCAAUGCAACAGAAGAACCAUUUCUUGGUUCCACAAAGAAGCAUUCAGUCAAAGGUUCCAAAAGAACCUUCUUUUGCCACAAACAAACCUUUGUGAAACAGAGAGGUUCUGCAGAUGUUAAAGGUUCUUGAUGGAACCAUUUAGACAAAACAGUUCUUCUGUGUCUUCACUGUGAAGCACCUUUAUUUUUAAGAGUUUACCAGCAGAUCAUUUUACUUAUUUUAAGAAAAAUGCCAUUUAGUCCUCCCAAAUAAAUGAGGCUAAAUAUCUUAUGUUGUUUAACCAAGUAAAUGCAUUUUAAUUUAAGUUUUAAUGUCUUUUUUAAUACACUUUUAAUAGAAACUGGACAAAAAUACUAAGAUAAGCCUUUUUCAGCAGUGCAGAGACCUGUGUGUGUGUGUGUGUUUAUGUGAGUGUGUGUAAGUGUGCGUGUUUGUGUGUGUGAGUGUGUGUGUGUGUGUGUGUAUGUAAGUGAGUGUGUGUGUGUGUGUGUGUGUGUGUGUGUGUAAGUGUGUGUGUGUGUGUGUGUGUGUGUGUGUCUGUGUGUGCGUGCAUGUGUGUGUGUGCGUGUGUGUGUCUGUGAGUGUGUGUAAGUGUGCGUGUUUGUGUGUGUGAGUGUGUGUGUGUGUGUGCUCUUCAACUGAACACACUGUUGUUAAGACAUAAAGAGUUUCCCAGUGUUUGAUUGGAGCUGCUGAGCAGUGUGUGUCUGUGUGUGUGUCUCUCUGUGUGUGUGUGUGUGUUAGUGUGUGUGUGUGUGUGUGUAUGUUUGUGCGUGCGUGUGUGUGUGUUAGUGUGUGUGUGUGUGUGUGUGUGUGUGUGUCACUCUGCUGAGCAGCGGGUGGAUUAACAGCGAGCAGGACGGUUAUCUUCAGUCCCACAGACGUCUUCAGUCAGCUGUAGUUCCACACACAUGAGAAAUAAUCAGGUCAGGAUGUGUUUCAUUCUCCUCCUUCAUUCCCUGUGAUCACUUCAGUAAUAUGCAAGUGCUAUAGCAAGUUCAGCAGCAUUGGUCCAAAGUUGAAAAUUAAAAUAAUAUUUCCCAUUUGAUUUUAAACUGAUCUAACUCUUUCCACUUCUGGAACUCAAACUCCUCUCAGAUUGAUGUGUUUACUGCAGUGUGUGAACAUGGCAGAUGGUGUUCGAGACUCAUCCUGUGUUUCUGUUCACACUAUAUCCUGAUGUUUGUGUCUGUAGAGAGCAGAUAACCACAGACUCGACCUCAUCUGCCUUCUUUCUUCUGUGGGGCAGAACACAUUCUUAAAAAGACCAUGAACUCUCGAAUACUCUAAAGAAAGAUGCUGCAGAAUGAUUAAACCCAUAACACAUGAUAAUGAUAGCAGUAUAUAAAUGAUGUUUGCAGUAAAUCAGUCAUGGGAUAUUCCCCGCAGCUGCUCUGAGAUCAGUCUUGUGUGAGUCUGAUCUCAAUAGAUCAAGCUCUUCUGGUUUCAUGUUUCUAGCUGAGAUUCAAUUUCAGGGAAAUAAAGUCUUUCGUUGGACUGAUGUCAUGAAAGCGGGAGGUUUUUGUAUUUUGUUUUUCAUGUUCAUAAGGUGCCUAAAAUCCUUCUCUGAGGUUUUACCAUGAGCUGGUGCUGAACCGUACGUUUGCACAGACUUUCUUCAGAAUCAGGGGAGAACAAGUAUUCCUGUGCUCUCACUUGUGUUUGCUCAUUUUUACCUGUGUGUGUUUAUACUGUUUCUAUUAAAUUCAGCAACGAAA